AUGGGCGACGAGUUGAAUCCGCUCGUCAUCGUGACGUCCGAUGAACAGGUAUUUUAUGAAGCCCUACGAGCCCGUGAGUUAUAUCCUCGAGACGACGACAACGAGACCUGUGUGAAGUGCGCGACGAACGGACGCCUCGUGUGCGAUGCCUCGUGUGACGAGACCCAAGGAUGGGUAUGCAAGCAGGUGGUCAAGGUGGACAACUGCAAGGAGUGCCCGACCACGAAAUGUGUUCAGGAAUCCCAAGUCGACACUCCCAUCGCAGAACCUGUUCAAUCACACUCAAACGGGCCGAGUGCCGGCGUUAUCGUGGGUGCCGUAAUUGGCGGUGUUGUUGGAAUUGCAGCAAUCACCUAUCUCAUUUGGAGGUUCUGCAUCAAGAACAAACGGCAUACACUCGAGCCAGUCGCCUACGACGACAUUACGGAGCAGAAGUUAGAAGCCGAGCGUGCCUUCCAGGCCCGCCGAGACCAACGGUCGUCGAUGCACACCGUCCACUCAAUCGCCUCGACGGUCCUCACGCGAGCCUCGAACAUUAUUCAAAUCGCUUACAUUCCCGGUGUUACCAACCGAGCCACUCCCGCCUCACCCGGUGUUCUGGUUCCUCCCGUACCUCCGAUCCCGAUCACGGUCACCGACUCCAACAGCCCGUCUCACUACGAAGAUCAGCAUUUCUUCAUGCCUGGUGAUUUGCGUGACUCGACUUACUCGGCCAUGACCGGAUACACCGACAGGACAUCUUUUGCUCGAACCUCGUACGCACCCAGGUCAAGUGUCGCGUCUACCAUUUACGGCAAGAAUGUUGUUGUAUCAACGCCUCAGACCGGUAUGCGGGCUAGGCCUGCUAUGAUUAGCGUUCGCUCCGGCGCUGCCACCACCAGCAGUGGCUCCACCACGCCACCAGUGCCCAGCGUCGACUACGACAAAUAUUCCAGGCCCAAGAGCCGCGACAGCACCUUCAGUAUUGGCUCUGCAUUCAUGAAGAAUGCCAGUGCCUCAACAGCCACUCCAGUCCGGGCCCAACUCGUCCGUGUCGCGAGCGGAAAGAGAGUCAACAUCAAGAGCAAGGCCAGUGACGAUAACACACCAAGUAUCCGCAGCCCUCUUGGUCCCGACUCCAGCUCCCCAACAAUCGUUGAGGACACUCUACCCGAGGAUGGCCCGUUCUUGGAUCCACCCGAGCCUGCGGCCAGCAGGUUGAGCCACUCGAGCACACCUAGUCUUAGCGCAGUUAUUGAGGAGGCCACAAGAAGGGCGGCUCAUGUCGAGAAACCCAAGUCUUUGACGCGAGAGACAAGCCCAUUCGGCGACGAACAUGCAACGAGGGAUUAA